AUGAAAAUAAUCCCCAUUCCAGUAUUGGAUGAUAACUAUUCUUAUUUGGUUAUUGAUGAGAAGACAAAUGAAGCAAUAGUUGAUCCAGUUGAACCAUCAAAAAUUUUACCAGUUAUUGAAGAUAAUAAAGUCAAAUUGAAACAUUUGAUCACGACUCAUCAUCAUCAUGAUCAUUCAGGUGGAAAUAAAGAAAUGGUAAAGUUGGUAAAAGGUUUGACUGUGUAUGGUAGUGAUGAACGUAUACCUGAACUAAAUCAUCCUGUAAAAAAUGAAGAAGAGUUUAAAAUUGGAGAAAAAAUUCAGUGCAAAGCAUUAUUUACACCUUGUCAUACAAGUGGUAGCGUAAGUUUUUAUGUUCAAGAUGGUGACACUUUGUUUAUAGGAGGUUGUGGUAAAUUUUUUGAAGGAACAGCAGAACAAAUGUACAAUUCAUUAAUUAAAACUUUGGGUGUUUUACCAUCUGAUACCAAAGUAUAUUGUGGACAUGAGUAUACUACUUCAAAUUUAAGGUUUGCAAAAUCAAUUGAUCCCAAUAACAAAACACUCUUAGAAAAAUAUGAAUGGGCUGCUCAAAACAAAAUUACAGUGCCUAGUACUAUUGGUGAUGAAUUUAAGUUUAAUCCUUUCAUGAGAGUUGAACAUGAAGACAUGAAAAAAGUUGCUGGUGGUCAAGAUCCAAUAGAAAUAAUGAAAAAAUUAAGGGAAAUGAAAAAUGAAUUUAAAUAA